AUGGGCAAAGCAAAGCCCCAGCACGGGUGGGCGAGCUCGAACGAGAGUGCCUCCAAAGCUGCGCUCCCCUCCUCGUUCCCCGACGUCGAUCGCUACGAGUCCGCUGCGGCGUCUGCGGCCUCCCUCGUCGAAACCCGGAAGACCGCGACCGCCGCAAUCGACUCCUCGGAGACGGCGGUCGAUCUUAUCCCCUUGCCAAACAUCAUCCCCAGCAACGACUUCAUGCCCGGGAUCGACACGUCUUUUUCCAGCAGAUGCGAUCCAUGGAAUCCCUCGGUGAAGUUCGACAAGGAGGGAUUUACUGCUGAUUUCAAACACUUGCAAUGCUGGGUCACGAUCUUCGGCUCUGAACAUCGCAUCAUUGACUUUAACAUGGGCAAGACGGUCAUCGACAUCGGCAAAAUUGGCGCCGACAUCAUCAAGAAUGUCCCACCGCUGAACUUCUUGGCCCAAAUGGACAAGAUCAUGGUGGAAUUCUUCCAGGUCUUUGCGAAGAUCUCUUCGAGCAUGGCGAAGGCAGGCACAAGGGGAAGUACGUCCCUGAUCCAGGCCGUGGCGGGAUCCGACUUCCCAGCCGUGGGCGCUGUGCCGGUGCUGCAUCAUUCGUCCAACGGUUUUCAGAUCCACACGCACGCUCAGCACGUGCAUCGGCAACAUGCGGUGUUUAUGCUGCAGGAAGGCAGUGGCGACCCGCCCAAAGAACCGCCCCCACCAAACGGGAUGCUCACGGCCGGCUUCGGCGCAAUCGAUCAAAGCUACCGCUCAAAGCUCAUCACCCAGUUUGGGGGAAGGGAGGGCGACACCAUGUCGUGCUUGGCUUUCGCUCCAAGGACCAAGUCCGGCAGCAACAACCAAGCUACGAAAGCAGACUGGCAAGCAACAGACACAGAAGGCUUCAUUCAGCUUGAGCCAUGGGCAGUGCCCUGCAGCCCUCAGUUUUUGCGGGACAAAUGGGACAAGUGGCAGGGCUAUUCUGUUUACGGCUGGAACCUACCCGUCGAGAAGUGUCUCACUGUCAGCUUCGGGAUAGAGUUUCAGCCGGUCAUUGCCUUUGUGGGAGGCAUCUCAAUCAAGGCCCUCAAGGACAUGUGCUCGGUCUCCGUGUCGAUCUGCUGGCCGGACUUCAUGCCUGGUGGCCUCCAGCUGAGCUCCAUCUCUAUUCAAUUCAAGGUCUUUAACACUUUGCUCUUUAGUGUCACCACACGCUUGGUCAAGCGCUUCGGGACUCCCACAGAUUUUGUCCCGGGCAAUAUCGACGCAAGCGUGGGCACUCCUUUUCUCCCGGUCGGAAUGCCUCGCCCUGACUGGAUGAACUCUCGGGGCUUGGAGAUGAUGAAAAGGUCACCUGGCGCCUCCGAUUCUACCUUCUCGAUGCCGCCGAACACGCCGGGGUACGGAUGGGGGGCCUACGGGACGGGGGGUGCCUUGCUGGAAAACCGUAGCGCCACGCAUCCACGGAACAUCCCUCAGAGAGAUUCUGACGACACAGAGUGGGCCAUACAGGCGGAGGAUCUCUACCUGGCCUCCAUGGAGAUGGGAGAUGACAUGAACAUCACGCAGACCUCAGAGUUUCGAGGCGAAGAGGUGCUGAAGCGCAUGAAGGCUAUGAGUGCCUUGCAGAAUGACGCCAGUUCUUCGACGGGAGCGAACUACCACCGGCUCUUCAAGUUCAUGAAUUCUGGGCUCGUGGGCUUUGACCUUGAAGGUGUUCUCGAGGGCACCAAUCUAGACAUGAUUGUGGGCUUCAAAUUUGGAGAAUUUGGAGCGCAAUCUCAGAAGCUUCGACUUUUUGACACGGCCAGCCAGGUUGGGGACAUCAUUGGCUCCACGGGGAACAUGCCAGCCGGCGACCGCGACAAAGCCGGGCCAUGCGCAAUUUGGAGAGCAGCAAUGUCAUAA